UACCUUUUCUUCAUAUGUACAAAGUUUUGGUCAGUUUGGACUUUGUGCACACAAGACUUAGGCAUGUUAGUCAUAAAUGGUUACACCAAACGAAAGCAAAAGUCGUAUCUGCUAAACCACUCAACAGAAACAUUCUUUUGAUAACUUUUUCCCAAGCAUGGUCUAGUGCUGACAUGUGCGGUGUGCGGCAAUGAUCUGAGGAACAGCCUGGGAGGGGUUUUUGACAAAACAGAAUAGUGAUGUUAUUUUACAGAUAAACAUAGAAAUGCUUAACAUGUAUUAGGAUUCAGAAGAAAGGAUAUGUUAGUGGAUUUGUUAGAAAGCCCACCAAAGGAAAUUCACACCAAUUUCAAAAUGCAUGAAUCAUCCAGUAAUAACAUUAUUAAGGAACAUGAGUUGCAGCGCCCACUAUAGGUGCAAUUUUAAUGCAUCUUGGCAGGCGUCUGCAGACUGUCAUGUGUAUUUUGUUGGGCUGGAAAAAAAUCGAAGGGUUCCAGAGUUUUUACCCAAAACUCAAUUUGCCCUAUUAUAGCGAAACCUAAUGUUGGACGGAUUCAUGUCUGUGUGCCAGAGAUGAUGAUUUGGGACCAAUCUGAUGUUUAGUUCUCACUGGUAGAGCUGCAGGCUGCAACAACAGCACUCUGUGCACUUGACAUUACAGCGUUUAGAGGAAAUUAUAGAUUUCACAGUCAAUUAAAUGUGGGGAAAUGAUCUCAGUUUCGGGUAAACAGAGAGUUACAGACAUUACAGCCGCUGCACUACUACAUAAAAAGCUAUUUUAUGGGCCAUUUGAAGGUUUUUAGCAAAGUAAAAUAAUCAAUUACAAAGGUAACAUGCGGAAAAAAAGACGAUUGUAUAAAAUUACAACUUGCCGACUUUCACUAUUUAACAGGGUUCAAACAGAUACUGUAAAAUGAAAUUCCAGGACUUUCAAGGACUUUUCAAGCACUACAUUUUUGAUUUUCAAGGACUUCAGUCAGAGAUCUCCCUCUUGAACAAUGACGUCUAUUUCAAAUUCUAAAAAAAGAGAAAUGGACAAACAAAAAUAUACUAAUUAAAAUUGCAAAAAUAAAGUGAAGCACAUGCAAAGAAUUACUACUAAAUUAUUUCAAAGUAUACUACAUUUUUACUAUAGUAAAGCCACAGUUAAUUUCCUAAGGGAUUUGUAUUUGUGUACACUUUUUCUUUUUUCUUUUUUGUACUGCCUUUAUGAGAAACUAAGAAAAACAAAAAAAUCAGAAAAAAAGAUUUUCAGAAAUCCCAAUCUGAAUCAAAUGAUUCGCGAUACGCUCCGAAGUUUUGAUCUAAAGCAAAAGAUUUGUGAACCUGCUACGAAUUUCCGAUCUAAAUCAAAUUAUUCAAGAAUCAUCAUUCCAGAUCAGGACGUGGAGUGGGGAUCACUGAUCAUUUGACUUAGACUGAGUCACGAGUAUAAACCGAUCGGAGCAGUUCCAGCACAAAUGACUUGAUUGAUUUGGUUCAUCUGUUCCUCUUUUCACAACUUCAGCCAAGUUUACAUGACACUGUCAGUACACUGUAAAAAAUAAUAAAUAGUUAAGAAAACUUAAAAAAGUAAGGCAACUUGAUGCAGUAAGACGUUCGAGUUCUCUCAGCAAUCAAGUUUUUCUCACUAAAGAUACUUUGUUUAGCCAGCAUAAAUUUGUUUGUUCAUGCAAUGCUGAUUGUCUUAUUUUGCUAAUAGAAAAAGCCUUGUCACAGCAACUGCAACAACAAUUACUGUCGUUGAGGUGUUGACGCAAUAGUCUGAUGCGUGCAAAGUUGCAUGAAUACACCCAGAAAGGCCUGAUGGUGUUACAAACAAUAACUGAAGUUUAUUGAAUAAUCUAAAUGUGCACGGUCAAGAAAUUGCGUGCUCUCGCACCAGCGCCCGCAUCCUGUUAGGGGUGACAUUUCCUUUUAAACAUUUUUCCCCUUUUUUCCACACUGUGACGAGUCGGCUGCCUCCCCCCUAAUUGUCAGCUGCACCCCGUCGGUAAUCGCCGCCCUUCACCAGGCUCCCGACGGGAGUGGGCGUGUGGGAGGAGGAGGGGCGCUGAAACAUCCAGGUCUGGCGGCGUGUGAUGAGGCACACCUGAUGUGAAUGAAGCCUCAUCACCGCCGCUGUUAAAAUGCCGAGCGCGCCUCUCCUCAGGAGACCGGUCUCUUCCCCGUGCAUGCACGCUGGUGUCCUCGUGGGUCCAGGAAGGGUGCGUCGAGGGUCGAGCGCCGCCGAUACGAGGGACGAGCUGCCGAACCCGUGGUCCGGUUGCGAGCCGCAUAGAAUGGCUGCGGGCCAGGAUGCCGGGCCUUUCACCCGCCGAGGACGUACCGCCGCUAAGGAAUGGAUGAAGCCGCUAAAGGAAGCCGCUACCCGUCAUAUUGCUGCGGACCCCUCCGGGGAGCAAGUGCGGCCGCCGGACUCCGCCCCUUACCUGGACCCUUCCCUUCGGAACACUACCCCUCCUUCACGGAACCCCGUCACGUCGAGGACACCAGAUCCCCCUGUUUAUUUUGGACACUUUUAUUUCCCCUUUUGAACACUUUCUGUUUAUUGUUUAAUAAAAGCCUCUCCGAGGCCUGACGUCACGCCCACUGUGUCUCUCGCUUUGCUCCGCCCCCCCGUGACAACACCUAUAGAGGGCACACACUUAGAGAAAUAAACAGCAUUAACAAUAUAGCAACAAAAUGAUAUUCAAAUAAACAUAUAGAAAAAUUAAGAGACAAUAAUAAGUAUGACUCUUACAGGACCGUUAUGGAAACCUUAACAGAUAACUUUGUCUAAUAUAUAGACAACAUUGUCUUUAUUUGUAAAACAUCUCUAGACUAAGAUAUCCGGCAAACAGAUAGAAGUGGUUAAACAUAAACUAGACACACAAACUCAACAACGGUUGCAAUCAACAAAUGUUAAAAAGAUGGGCUCUUUACAUCACAACAACAAAAAGUUUAAAUGAAAUCAGCAAACAGCAAAACAAUAAUCCUGUAACAGUAACUGCAUAAUUUAUUCAUGCUGCAAUGCAUGCUGGGAACUUACAAAGCCUUAACAUUUCAACAAUAUAAAAUUCUUUGUUCAUUUUGUUCAGACAACUGUGUUUAACUAGUUGGGACAACAUUUGGGGAAAUUUUGUUCGUCUGACAAGGGCUUUUAUGUUGUUUCAAGAAAAGAGCAUUUGAGACUCAAAAUGUUUCAGAAACUGGAAAAUAAGCAUUUGCAUUUUUUACAGUGUACUACUACUUGCUUAGAUCGAUUGUUUUCUGUCAUAUUAAUAUGCGGGGCAUUGAAACUGCUUUUGCACGACUGCAUUUUACUUUUACGCACGUGCUCUGUGUAUACUAGAGUGGUACUUUACACAUAUUUUACAAGGUUAGAUCCUUGUCAGUGGUGCUCAGGAUCUGCAAAUCAUUCACCAUCGUCCUCAGUCAUCUCUCCUUACUCUGUUUAUGUGGAAAGUCAAAUUAUAUGUACUGUAAUGUAACAGACUACUGCUAGCAAGCAGCUGACCAUGUUAUUUUAUUAGAACGCAUUAUUCGUUUUCCGUGCCUUUCUGAAUAAGUUUUGUUUUUAAGGGUUUCCCAAGCCUUAAAUUUCAAAAAGUCAAAUUCAAGCACUUUAAGCACCUUGUACGAACCCCGAGUUAAACUUUUCUAAAGGUAUGCCAACGUGGCUUUGUGUUCACUAGUUUAUCCAACAGAUCCAAACAAAACAGACUCUUGACUCUUGACUCCUCACUUACCCGCAGUAUCAAAGAUGGGAAGCAUUUCGCAUCGCAACCAGGAAGACGCUCUGGAAUCUGCCGACUCUACGGUGUGGUUUCGCAGCUACCUCCACGGAGGGACGUCGAGCCUCAUUUCCACCCUGACCACCGUCAUCACCUUCCCUCUGUACAAGACCGUCUUCCGCCAGCAGCUGCACAGCACCUUAGUGCGAGAAGCGGUGGCCCAGUUACGCAAGGAAGGUCUGGCAAAACUGUACCGCGGUGUCGUACCGCCCUUACUGAUGAGGUCCCUGAACGGGACGCUCCUGUUCGGCCUCCAGGACACUUUCCUGCAGCAGCUUUCGCUGUGGGACACGUCUCCUGUUCCCAGCGGUGCUCUUCCUGCUCUGGCAGGUUUGGGUGCAGGCGUCGUGGAGGCCGUGCUCUUUACCCCGUUCGAGCGCGUGCAGAACGUCCUGCAGAACAGCAAGAAUGACUCCAGCCUUCCUACUUUAAGAAGCAUAUUGCGCAAGCUAGCUUCAAGUCCGUUAGCCUCAGGAUACUACACUGCCUUUUUGCCUAUACUUGUCCGUAAUGCCUUGGGGAGCAGCCUGUAUUUUGGCCUGAAAAACCCCAUGUCUGACACUCUCAGGGCUUUUGGUUGUUCUCCUGUAGCGUCCUCCUUUAUUACUGGUGUUUUAAACUCAAUGGUGAUCAGUCUGCCCCUCUACCCUCUUUCUGUGCUGGUGGCCAACAUGCAGGCCCAAGUGGACGGAGGAGUCAGAGGAGUUAAAGACAGCUGGCAGCAGCUUUGGGCGGCCCGUCAGCGCAGGCUGGUUCUCCUGUACCGUGGAGGAUCUCUGGUCAUCUUCCGCUCCUGCGUCACCUGGGGAAUCACUACCGCUAUAUACGACCAGCUGAAGAGGCACUCGAGAUGAUCACCAAAACCUCCAGAACGUCUCAGGUUGAUAUUCAAUGCUGUUUUAUAACAAUCUUGAUAGAUUUCAGUUUUGCAGGGAUGUCAUUUACAGUAUCUCCAACCUGCUGAAGUAUUCACUGGUGCAAUAAUGAUGCAAGAGCUAACAUGUAUUCUGUAUUAAGGAAUGAACCUGUACAGUUGUUCUGUUCUAUUAAAAUGUGAAACAAUCCAUGUGCAAUUCAGAGAAAAGGCCUGAUUUGGUUCUUUUUCCACUCAGCUAAAGCUUGUGAAGCCUUCUGUCCAUUUUGUUUGGAGCUGUUCUUACUGUUUUUAAUUAAUAAAAAUGAGAAAUAUUUCACUUAAAGGUCAAAAAAUGAAA